UUCAAAGUGAUUGGAACCAAUUAAAAUCCAACUAGGGUUUAAGCCCCUUCUUCUUCUUCUUCUUUGUUCUCUCCUUUUCUCUCAAUCUCUCUCUCCUCAGCGGCGCCUCCAUUGCUUCCUCUGAACCUCAUCUUACAACCACUCAAUCAUGGCGGAACAGACCGAGAAGGCCUUUUUGAAGCAGCCUAAAGUGUUUCUGAGCUCGAAGAAAACUGGAAAGGGAAAGCGACCUGGGAAAGGAGGAAACAGGUUCUGGAAGAGUAUUGGUUUGGGUUUCAAGACUCCCAGAGAAGCUAUUGAAGGAGCUUACAUUGACAAGAAAUGUCCCUUCACCGGCUCUGUUUCAAUCAGGGGCCGUAUUCUAGCUGGAACUUGCCACAGUGCUAAGAUGCAGAGAACCAUUAUUGUUCGCCGUAACUACCUUCAUUACAUCAAGAAGUACCAAAGGUACGAGAAGAGGCAUUCAAACAUCCCUGCACAUGUGUCACCCUGUUUCCGUGUCAAGGAAGGAGACCAUGUUAUCAUUGGUCAAUGCAGGCCUAUCUCAAAGACAGUGAGGUUCAAUGUGUUGAAGGUGAUUCCAGCUGGAGCUGCUGCUGGUGGAAAGAAGGCUUUUGCUGGAAUUUAAGGUGUUUUUUUUUUUUAUAGAUAUUGUGAUGUAGCUAGGAUCUAUCACAGGGCUUGGAAAUUAGUAUUGUUUGCAGACCCUUGAAUUUUGAUACUUGAAGCAUUUUCAUGAUUACUGAAUACUAUGUUUCUUUUGUUAAAAUCAUAUUGGGAAAUUGUAGUACAAACAUCUUUAUGGUAUCAAAUGUUUUGUCUUAGGACCUCCCGCAAGUUUUGGCAAUAUAGUUGCAAAUGACUCCCUUUCUUUCU